AAUGGCAUCCGAUCUGGAUGCGACCGUUUUGAAACGAACGCAAAAUACACUCGGAAAGUUUGUGAAACGUCCGGCACUGACCGAUAAAUUGCUGCGUAAGCCACCGUUUCGUUUUCUUCAUGACAUCGUCCAUGCGAUAAUUCGCGAGCAUGGACUGCUGGAAGGGUUGUACACGGCGGACGAACUAAACUCGGACAACAUUAAGGACCGGGACUCGAAAAUGGCGUUUCUACAGAAGCUCAUUGACGUCGUUAAACUCACAACCGACCGUGAGCUAAAAGUUCGCCCUUCGAAAAUUGUGGCCGGUUUGGAACCGGAACGUACAAACGAACUCCUGCAGGCAUUGGCAACCGCCUUGGAAAACAAACUUAACAUAAACGACCUAGUCCGUCAAUACUUAGCCGACAAUCCAAAACCAAAUGGCCCGACGAACGAUGUACCACCACCACCACCACCUGCUACUAAUGGUGACACUACCAAAGUGGAGACACGCGAGGAAACUAAGAAAGCGGGAAAGCAAGAAAAGUCGAAAGAUAAACCGAAAGAGAAGGAAACGAUUGCCGUGGAAAAACGGAAGGAGAAAAUCAGCAAAGUGAGCAAGGAAAAGGAUGUGAUAAAGAAUGGUUCAACAACUGUCCAACAGCAGGUAGAAAAUAGAUCGGAAAAGGGAAAGCCAAAACAAAAUGGCACUAAAGCUUCAACCAACGAUUCAAGCAGAAAGAAAACCGAUAAACCCAGCAAAGGAAAAGAGAAGGAAAAAACACUUAAGCGUAUUUCCUCCAUACCGGAGGAGCAAUAUCCUGUGGUCGCCGUACCGGAAAAACCGGCACCGAUUGCGAAUGGUUUGGAAACGGUGGCCAACGGAAUCGUUUCGCACGAAAAUCGUAAGCGAAAGGACUCGCUCAAGGAGUUUGGCGAACCAGUCACAUUGCCCGAUGCGAAUGGUGAAGAAAAUGCGGUACCAUCAGCCGAUGAAGACCAGGACAAGCGAAAGCAAUCCGGCAGUAACAGUAGCAGUCGACGAUCUUCGUUGAAAAAGCAAAAUAGUUUGACGCCUAGCGAAAAUAAUGCACUGUCGGAGAUGAAUCAAUUUAAUGGUUUGCAUAGUUCGCUCAGUCGACAGGACAGUAAUGGCGCGGUAGUGGGACCAGAUGCAUUCGGUAACGAGGAAGCGGUGCCGCCUGCUGAUUUGUCCAAUAGAACGGAGAUCACGGUAACAGCAGCACCAGCUGAAUCCAAAUCAUCUGCAAAACCUCCGAUGCACCGUCAGCAAUCCGUUGAAACGGUUAUGAGACCACGCACUAGCCUGAGACCGCCCAGCGUUCGACCUCCAUCGGCAAGACCGGGAGCACCGCGCCGGAAAGAGAAAAACGUCGAAGUAAUACUGCAACCGAACGAAACGCAAAAGCUGGGCGAAAUUAACGUCAAGAUGGAAGUGUUCAAUAGCGAGCUGCUGGACGAUGAUGGUGAGAAUUUAAUCGUGAUCGAAGACCCUUCAACCAUCACCGAUGAAAUCGUGUAUGGCCGGGUAACGACAGAAGCGAGUGGAGCGAACGAAGAACCGGGACGACUGCAACCUGCCGAGCAGGAAGAGCAACAGGGCCAUCUGGUGCAGCAAAUUUUGGAAACGCAGAAAGAAUUUUCCUCACACACUGGCACCAGCGACAGUGAAUUGCUACGAAAAGCAGAUAUGGAAUGGACCGCCGGACAAAGGCAAUCGUCAGCGAAGCAGAUGGAAUCGUUACGCGAAUCGAUACAGAAGCUAACACGCUCCGUUAAUCCGCUCGGGAAGCUGAUGGACUUUAUCCAGGAGGAUAUUGAUUCGAUGGAGCGGGAACUAGCGAGCUGGCAGCAAAUCUACACACAAUCGAUGGUGGAGCUAAACAAAGAGAGAAGUGCCACGGAAAACGCUAUCGAGCCGCUGAAGCAGCAGCUGCAGCAAAUUGAUGUGAAUAUCAAAGAGUACCGCGACAUGAUCGACACAACUCGGGCCAACAUUCUGCAAAAUGAGGCAAAGAUCGAACGGCUGUACAUGACGGAGAUUUAGCGAAUCGUU